CCGAGAUUGUUGGUUCGAUACUCCUCCUAUUCCCUACCUAGUGGUGUAACGUACCACUCUGCCACAAAAUAUGCCUUACCGCCGUCGCCAACAUCAUAGCUGCGAUCAAUGCCGAAAGGGGAAGAGGGCAUGCGAUGCCCUGCUCGGAGAUGAUGCAGAGAGGACGCCCACUUCUUCAAUAUCCACACUUGUUGGUGAGCAAUUCCAGGACGAUUGGGGGCUCUCUUGCUCCAACUGCAAAAGAUAUAGAAGGAAAUGCACGUUUGACUGGCUCCUCAGUCACAAAGCCUCAGCUCGUCGUUCGACGAAGAAAGCUAGAAACAUUGCGAUUGCUACUUCUCUGCAGGCAACACCCCGGCAAGCUCCAUCCGCCCAUUCCGGGCCAAAUAAUCAUGAUUCUAUGCGGCCCACCCCCCACAGCAUCGCCAGUCGGGCACCCCUGAUGCCGGCUUGGGAUCCACUCUCACAGUUGCCGGUCGGCGAGGAAAGCUCACAACCUCGCUGGUUGGGCAAGGGAGGUCCAGCCUGUCACCCAGCUGUUAGCCCCCCUUUGAGAGCAGGUAUGUUGGGGAUUACUAGUGAGGAACCACGCGUAGUUGCCGAUUCAAGUUCUUCCUGGACCGGUCACGAUUGGGAAGUGCCCCAUGAGAAUUUAUUCCUCGACCGAUCUGAUAUUUACUGCGUUGGUCCAUCAUCUGACGGCACUACUGGCACUCCCCAGAUUGGUAUCGAGGAUGACAAUACUGAGUCCACGCUUUACGUGCUCCCGCAAACAGAACCUGCGGCCUCACUCAUGCCCCCAAACAGAAGCUUCUGUCUUAAUUCGAAUCAUGUAGCAAACGAGUAUGCACAAUCGACGAUGACGCAAACCUUGAUGUGCAUUUAUAACGAUAGUGUGGAGAAUGCAUUGAGUUGUUGGCUGACGGACCGCAACUGUCCUUAUAUCAGCCUUGCUCUUGCCGAGACAAUUGGCAGAGACCGGAUCCCUGUCAGUGCAAAUCGAAUAUGCCGACGUGUUUGCCAAUUGGAUUGGGCCUUUUCAUGCGUUUUGGGUCGGAGCCUGACAAGUGCGGAGAAUGGAAUGGCUUCAAGGGCACUUCGUGCUACAAUAAUGGCGUUUGCUUCUCAGUGGAUUCGGGACCCUUCGCGAGGAAGCUGUAUUCGCAUCCCACCAACUUCACCUGAUCACCAGAGUGAUAUACGCGAGAUGCUUUGGGAUCAAGCACGUUACUCCUUAGACGAAGCGCGUGCACUACCAUCCUUCCGCGUGGCCUUUGCCAACAUAUUGUUUUCGCUUGGUCAACGCCCCCUAGACUAUGCGGAGAACAGGGAACUAGGAGAAUUAAUGCAACAUGAUCCUGCACCAACGUAUCUCGAGGCGGCACUCCGACAGAUGUUCGUUUUUCGUCGCCGACUGACUAGACUUCAGCGCCAAGUCCCCAGCAGGGUUCUUAGACCGUGCCGAAAAGAUCCUGAAGAAUAUACAGGGCACGUUAACGAAAUCAAUAGUAAUUCAGAGGCCUGUUACACCUUCAACCUUCUCUUCUGGCUGGGCGUGAUGGCCGAUACCUUGACAUCCGUUUUAUAUCAACGCCCUCUAGUAAUUUCUGAUGAGGACAGUCAGAUCAUAUACCCCCCACCAGCGUCGCGUACAUCUGCCGAGCAGGUCGAUUUGGAUGGCUGGGAUAUCCGCCCAGGUAAGAGGAUCACAAAUGAAAAAAGUGUUUGGGGUAAUCUUUUUCUUCAUAAACGUACCUCUGUUUACUACUGCCACCAGCCUCGCUGGCCGUGCUCAUACGAGGAGGCCGCGGGCAUUCUAUCCGAUGCUGCCCCGGUAAAAGUGCUGUUAUUCCGUCGUAUCGGCCAUCUACACACCCUUGUAUAUCGACAAGCUGCAGCUGAGGAUGUUGAGGAAGCGAUUCGUAAUGCUUUCUUAGUUUACGAUUACUGGAAUUCGACCUAUAAGCAAUUCAUGUUGGACUGCCUGGCUCAACACGCCCACCUUCCGUCUCGCAUACAGUCAUGGUAUGUAGUACUAGCGGCACAUUGGCAUCUGGGGGCAAUGAUGCUGGCCGAUACAGUUGAGGACAUUGAUCGAACACAACUCGGUCUAGAUAUCCAAGCCAAAUCUCGGCAUGCAAUGGGGGUAGUCCCCUUAUUGAGACGUGAAAAUGCCAUUGCGGUGGGAGAGCUCGCAACAUAUUCAUAUGACGGGCAAGGCUUCUCUAGGCUCCGAGACUUUCACGAAUCUGUAAACCAAGCUGCAUUCUUGACAGAGCCAUGGACUGCGGUACUUAUCCACUCUUUUACAAACGCAGGUACCGUCCUAGUCAGAGAGAUUGGUUUAUCCGUGCCUAUCCCUCGAGGAGACGGAGGUCUCCUUAAAUUGGCUUAUAACCGGUGCGACAACUGUAUCAAGGCACUCAGGUGCCUUGGGAGAAUGUCAGAUAUGGCUUUGAUCGCAGCCAAAACACUUUCGAGUAAUUUGGACCAAGCGCUUUCACGACUUGAUCAUGUUAAUGUUCAUAGUCUGUACACUGCCUAGUUAAAUUUUUUGCCCUGCGCACAAGCUCUGGCGCUGGUACAGUACUGUCCCUACUACUUGAAAGCCUGGGUAUCUAGAAGUUAAGUAUAUUGAGGUGCAAAGUUAGGCCUUCAGCCGAUGUUGGUUUUUGGUCGAGGGGAAAAGCAGCGACUUCCUCAAGGAGUUAAAGAAAACCGAGAUAAAGAUAUUGUUACUUGGUGUUCC